AUGGACGAACAGAAUAAGAAUAUUGCUUGGCUGUCUGUUCAUGACAUUCAGAAAGAACCAAACCUUUGUUCCAGUGUUGAUUUUGCGAAUGGACCCGACAGAAUAUGGGCGAAUUCAACAGAUACGUGGGGAAACGAAAAAAUCGCAUCCACGAUUCAAAAUAUUGUUGAAAGGAAAAUCAACGCUGAAAAUAAAUUCCAAUCAUCACCAACCUCUGAAGAAAUUCUAGCUGGGCUUCGAUUUCAAGAUGUGCGAAACAUUUACAUCGAAAGUGAUUGUCAUCUCUGCAGCCAUUAUACUUCAGUCAGUCUUCCGGCGUAUGAACAUCUGAAUGAUGGCAAAAAUCAGAUUCAGAGCGCCUACUACGAGGCGGCUGAUGGACGGCAAAGACGCCUGAGUGGCGGGAGUGCCUGGGGCGACCAAGAGGUCCGAUUCAACAACCCCUUCGACCCGCGUCUCCGUUUUGACGGGCUCACACCAUGCUUGAAACGGAAACACGUGGAUUCUGAGAAUCGGCCCGUUCUCGACGAUAUGAACUCCCUGAUCAUGACCCAAGAUCCCGUAGAGUUUGCGGACACAUACUAUAGCAAAUACAGGAUGUACGUAAAUGAUCUCCAAAAUGGUGGAGACCUGUCUUCCGGUGGAGACGUCUUCGGACGCAACCGAUAA